AUGGGAAAUUAAUGUGGAUGUAUAACAGAUAAAGCAAAUGAAUUAAAAACUUAAAUUGAAGUUGAUAAAUAAAUAAUUGAAUAAAAUGUAAUAAUUAAGGAAACCAAUUAAAUUAAAAAUGCUUCUGAAUAAAUUUAUAAUGAUUAUGAUAAUGAAAAUACCGAUCCAGAAAAAAUAGAAAAAAGACCUCCUUAUACAUUCAAAAGUGGAGCAAUAUACAAUGGAGAAUGGAAAGGAAACAUGAGAAAUGGAAAAGGGGAAUAAACAUGGACAGAUGGUGCUCGAUAUGAGGGCGAAUGGUUAAAUAAUAAGGCGCAUGGAAACGGUAAAUUUUAUCAUGUAGACGGGGAUAUGUUUGAAGGCUAAUGGGAAGCUGAUAAGGCAAACGGAUUUGGGGUUUAUAUACAUGUAAAUGGGGCAAAAUAUGAAGGGUAAUGGAAAGAUGAUCUUUAGCAUGGAUUUGGGGUUGAAACAUGGAAUGAUGGAUCGAAAUAUGAAGGAAAUUAUGCAUAUGGGAAAAAAUAAGGGAAAGGGACUUAUAAUUGGGCUGAUGGAUCAAAGUAUGAAGGAGAAUGGUUAGAUAAUAAGAUUUGUGGCGAAGGAUGUUAUGUAUGGCAAGAUGGAAGAUAAUAUGUGGGAGGAUGGCUUAAUAAUAAUAUGCAUGGGAAAGGUGUUUAUACAUGGAAAGAUGGAAGAAAAUAUGAAGGGGAAUAUGCUAAUGAUAAAAAAAAUGGAUAUGGAGUUUAUAGUUGGUCAGAUGGGAGAAAAUAUGAAGGGUAAUGGAAAAAUGGUAAAUAAAAUGGUAAAGGAAAAUAUAUAUUACUUGAUGAAACUAUUAAAUAUGGAAUCUGGGAAGAUGGAAAAAGGUUAAAAUGGAUAGAUGAAUAGGAAUAUAAUGAAUUUUAAUGA